AUGGCAGAGGCUUCUGUGGAGGAUGUGCUGAUGGCCCCGGGCGGCAGCCUCACGGCGCUUCCGGCACGACAUCUCGUAAAGGCCGGCAAGAGUCAAAGCGUGAAGCUCCCAUCACUGCAUCGGUCAGCCUCGGACUCUGCGGUGACAGCCGUGAAGAAGCUUUCCCCUGCAGUUUACGGAAAGCGCUGGGCAAGCGAAAACAAGCGCUUCCUCCAUAAGCGCCAGCAGCGACGCUGGCUGGAGCAGACCCAGCGAACGCGCUUCGUUGACUUCACAGCCGAGGAACGCGCCGAGUUUCGGAACUACUUCGAUCACCUGAAAGGACCCAACGGUCUGAUUCGUGGUGAGGUGAUCGAGGACAUGCUUAUCGCCCUGGGAGUUGUCAACACGCAGGACGAAGUGUCCGGGCUCAUAGACAAGAUCGAUGAUCAGAAGACCCGCGAACUGGACUUCGAACAGUUUCUGGAGCUGAUCACCGUCCGAAAUGACUCCAAGACUAUCCGAGUGUUCAGAGAGAUGCUGGAGGGCAAGCUCGGUGACCGGAACCUGAAUUUCCAGACAGUCUUGUCGCAGUAUCGUCGGCAGCGACUCCUCGACGGUUCCGGCUGCAUGGAGCGAUGCUCUCCGGAGCAGAGGGAGCUCGGGUGCAAGGUCUUGAAGAACUUCACUGAGCUGACUCGCAAUCGCAACCGCAGAAGGAACCCCCGGGACGAAGUGCUGGACCUUCUCGACGAAGAGGAGAAGGAGGAGGCGCCCUUGGGAGGAAUGAAAACGCUGUGGCGAGGUCUCUGCACAGAGCACAACUUGACGCCCUCGCGGCCCACAUCGAGAUCCCGGGUAUUGGAGCGGCCGAAGUCGCCCACAGAGAUUAUGGCACAGUUUCAUGAGGCCGAUCAAGCCUCCAGGAAGCGCCACACCACAAUCCAGACGGUCGUCGUGAUGGCGCCGGCGCUGCAAGACGGAUCCGCGCGAGGUGCAUAG